CCCAUUCAACUCCCCACGAACAACCACGACACGUCGAUGGCGGGCAAGUCCAUACCGCGUUUGCGACGACAAGCGCUGGCGCAUCAUCAAGAAGCAGAAUACGAAGGACUUCACCAGGAAGACCAUGUCGCGGAGGUGUAUCAGAACCCCAAUAACCGCCAUCCUAUCGAGAGGCUAUUGGAAACCAAGCGGGCCAGCAUGAUUGUCAUUGGUGUCCUGACUGCGCUCGCCUUUGCGCUUCGGUUCUACAAGAUUAACCAACCUGACCAGGUGGUCUUCGACGAAGUGCACUUUGGAAAGUUUGCCGCAUACUACAUUCUUCGCGAAUACUACUUCGAUGUCCAUCCGCCCUUCGCUAAAAUGCUCUUCGGACUGGCGGGCUGGUUCGUUGGUUUUGACGGCAAGUUCAUGUUCGAAAACAUCGGCGACAGCUACACGGCAGCCCACGUCCCCUACGUUGGCAUGCGGGCCCUUCCCGCUAUCCUCGGCAGUUUGACCAUCCCUGUCGUGUACGCUACCAUGAAGGAGUGUGGGUACUCGACUGUCAUUGCAGCGUUCUCUGCAUCUCUUGUUCUCUUUGACAACGCCCACAUUGCCCAGUCGAGACUCAUCCUUCUUGACGCCACCCUCAUUUUCUUCAUCUCCCUGACCAUGUAUUCCUACAUCCGCUUCAAAAAGCUCCGCUAUUGGGCAUUCACACCUGAAUGGUGGACGUGGCUCAUUUUGACUGGCGUCUUCAUGGCUUGUGCUUGGGGCUCCAAAGUCAACGGUAUCCUGAUGGUCUUCACCAUCGGUUUCGCUGUCAUGAUCGACCUCUGGGAUAUCUUGGAUCACAAAAAAGAGGGCCACACCAUGGAACAUUUUUGGAGACAUUUCUCAGCCCGGGCCGUCGGUCUCAUUCUCGUCCCCUUCGUCAUCUACCUGUCUUUCUUCUGGAUUCAUUUCGCUGUCCUCACGAAAUCCGGUUCUGGAGACACCUUCAUGAGCCCUGCAUUCCAAGAGACUCUGAAUGGAAAUGAGAUGUUGAUGAACAGCCAAGAGGUCAAAUAUUUCGACACUGUCAACCUGCGGCACAAAGAGACCAAAGUAUACUUGCACUCACACGUGGAGAAGUAUCCCCUGAAGUAUGAUGACGGCAGGAUCAGUAGCCAAGGCCAACAGGUCACGGGUUACGGGCACAACGACACCAACAACCUCUGGCAGCUCAUUCCAACUAAGGCUCUGCCGGAGACAGGCCGGGGCCGGUACUUGCGUCACGGCGAUCUCGUCCAGCUGUUACACGUCAACACGCAAACUAACUUGCUCAGUCACGAUGUCGCCUCGUCUUUGAUGCCGACAAAUCAGGAGUUCACAACUUGGCCCAAGGAUGACAACAGCCGUUACAACGACACGCUCUUUUAUAUCCAGCUCAUUGAUGGACACGACGGCCAGGUGGUCAAGACGAAAUCCGGCCAGUUCAAGUUCAUCCAUGCUCCCACCAAAGUUGCCAUGUGGACACACACAAAGCAAUUGCCAGAGUGGGCCUUCAAACAGCAGGAGAUCAACGGCAACAAGGCAGCAAGUGAGAAGAGUGCGACGUGGUACUUCGAGGAAGUCGUGGCCGCUGAGGGUCCGGAUUACAGUGAUCGUAUCGGUACAUCUGAAAUUCAGAAGCCCAAGUCUAUGAACUUCUUCAAGAAGUUUGGAGAGCUCCAGCUUCUGAUGUUACAGCAUAAUGCUGGUUUGACGGCAUCUCAUCCCUAUGCCAGUAGCCCCAUCAACUGGCCGUUCUUGUUGAGUGGUAUCAGCUUCUGGACCGAGAGUGAGCCCCAAAAGCAGAUCUACCUGAUCGGCAAUGUAGUGGGCUGGUGGUCGUGUGUUGUUGGGUUGUCGAUAUAUGUGGGUAUCCUGGGUGCGGACUUGUUGGCUCGUCGUCGUGGCCUGGAUCCCAUCCCUGAUCCUGUGCGAAAUCGGCUUUGGAAUACCACUGGCUUCUUUAUGCUUGUCUGGGCGGUCCAUUACUUGCCCUUCUUCUUGAUGAGCCGCCAGCUGUUCAUCCACCACUACCUGCCAUCUCACCUGGCAUCUGCCAUGAUCACUGGAUCCGUCCUCAGCUUCAUCUUGUCUGAGACGGUCAACUACCCGAUAUCCGUCUGGGGCCCCAAGACCCGGGCACGUCCCAAGCAAUACGCGGAUCUUGGUAUCAAGGCACCCGCCAUCUAUCUUGCAUUCACUGUCGCGCUACUCGUCGUGUUUAUGUUCUUUGCUCCCUUGACAUAUGGUACUCCGGGAUUGACUGGCGAGCAAGUCAAUGCACGGAGAUUGCUUUCUACCUGGACUCUGCACUUCGCAGCAAAGGUGACCUCCGACGUAGUACUAUAAUUAUUAGGAGGCCUGCGAAUCAAAACCUUGCAUUUGUAUAUAAUCUUUCUCGCUUGCGUUGGGAAUCGUAUUUAUGUUUAGAAUCUA